AUGGACGCUCUUGCAGGGAGAGAAUUGAUCGGAAACAUUACACUUUUAAAUUCUAAGGCUUGUUUGGGUAGUGAUGAGAGGCUUCCUCAAUGGUAUUCCAAGCAACAACAACGAAUGAACAAGACUCAGAGUACUAGUAUUCAUAAUGAUCACCAUCAUCAUCAUCACAAUGAAGACAAGUACUCGAAAAUUCAUUUAGCGUUUAUGGAUCAAAAGGACCAAGACGAUGAUACAACCAAUGUUUUAAAUUUCAUUGCUACGAACAUGGAAAGUAUUUCAAAAUUACCAAUGAAUGAAGGCUUAUUUCUUGCUUUUCAAAAAGUCAUUGCUCCCUAUGAAAAGAUAAUGAUUGAAAACUUAGAAAUUGUUGAAAUGGAAAUUUCAAAUCAAGAGGCAGAAACCACCCCGACCAUCCUCAUCCAGGAGGUGGAGGCUAACCAAGUUCUCAAUGUGAUUCCAUUCGUGGAUGCAGCAACAAGAAGAAAAUUUUUUCAAGCAAGACACACUUCUGAACCUGUCACCCCUCCGAAAACAUUUCUCAGAAUUAAGAACGAUCCCUCUCAGACACUCUUUGAACAUGUGAUUAUUGAUUUUUCACUCUAUGCAGUUCAGUCAAUUGUUGCAGCAAGUCGAGCUGCUUGCACAAAGCUUUAUGUGAGCAUGCUCCCUCAUUCGUUAUUUCACUACCCGGCUUUUUCAGCAGAUCGAUUGGAAUAUUUUACGAAUUUAUGGAUGAGAUUGAAAUUACCAUUUCUAAUUUUCAAAGAUGUUCAAACGUUUUCUGGAAUUUUGAAUUUACUUGAAGAGUAUUUCACAACAGAAGAAUUGUUUUUGAGUGAUGUCAAAUGUUCUAGAAUUCAACUUUCAAGCUUGGGUUUUGAAUUUGCAUCUGCAAGCUCUCAACAAUUGAAUACCUUUUUGGUUGGCCCUUUUUUAAACGAUCGCCACAUUGAAAAUGAAAGGAAACAAUUAUUUAUUCUCUCUAAAGAUGAAAAUCAAAGAGAAAGAGGAUAUUUUGGUUUGUUAGAAUGGACUGAAAAGCAACAAGAUAUUAUGCUAAUCAUAUUAGGAUCAACCAUGUUACUGAAUGAGGAAGAUUUAUUCAAAUUGUUGAAUGCUCUAGAGGGAUCAAUUCAAAGGAAUCCACAACUAUCCAUAUUACUUUCAUUGGGAACUCACAAUCUUGUAUCCUUUGAUGCAUUGAAACAAUCAACACACUCUAAAACACUCAUCUCAGCACUUGAGACCAAUUCAAGAUUUAGAAAAUUGAAUGGCUUUGUUCCUCAAAAAGGAUUGUUGUCUCUCGACAAAGUCAAAAUAUUUCUGACUCAUUGUGGUGGCAACUCGAUUAAUGAAGCACUGUAUUUUGGGAAAUUAUUGAUUGGCAUGCCAUUUUCCUUUGAUCAGAUGAGACUCUCUGUUGCAAUUCAUGAAUUUCAAGUGGGAAUUCCCCUUUUCACAUCCAAAGAAGAAAGCAAAACAUGGAAUGUUGAAAAGUUGUCCAACUCCAUUCAACAGCUGUUGUACUCUCCGCAAUCGAAACAUGUCUAUGCGACAAAGGCUCGUCAUGUCAAAGCAUUGAUGCGACAUGCUGGAGGAGUACAAAAGGCAGCAGAUGUCAUUGAAAUGAUGUUAGAGUUGGAUGGAGAUUUAUCUUGGACAAUGCCUGACAAGCAUUUGAGUUGGUGGCAAUUUUAUUGGUUGGAUAUUAUCGUCGUGUAUUUGAGCUUGCUCGUACUUUUUAUUGGAUUGAUGAGAAUUGUUGUGAUGAGGUGUUUCAUUCGAACCACUACUACUAAUGGAAAAGCCAAAUCUGAAUAA